ACCAGUUACGUCUGCUCUCUGCAAGUUCAUCGAAACUCCACUCUUCCAAGUCCAACGACUCGCAAACUUUUCAUUCAUCACAAUCUCUUAAGAAAAACUUCAUUUUUUUUUUUUUACUUCCUUUUCUUCUCCUUUCUCUCUUAUUUUCUCACCAACCAAACAAUGCCCAACGGUCCAAAAUUAGGGUUUCCAUAACCCCCACCGACCAAACAAAAACCUGAAAAUGUCGACGACGAGCCUCCAAAUCAACCCCGAGUCUCCUCCCUUCUCUCUCCAGCCAGUGCUCAUUCCGGCCAACGCCGACGGCCACGAUGGUUCACCGGGAUGCCACGGAGUAUGGUUCGACGUGGUUCUGGUGGUGGCGUCAGUGGUGUUCUUAGGGUACCUAUCGAUCCACGCGAAGAAGAACCUGAAGAAACUGUACAAUCGAGGCUCAUACAUUUUAAUUUCCUAUUAUGCCCUUCUCUGGUUCGCUACCUUACUCAACCUCACUUGGUCCUCUCUUCAGACAUGGCAAUGCUCGCCGGGGAAGGAAGUUGCAUGGAAUCUCUUGUCAUUGUUCACGACAUCCGGAAUGCUUUGUUUGGAGAUUAGCUUGUUGGCUUUCUUACUCCAGGAAGAUUACACAAGUGGGUUGGAUGCUUUAGCGCAUAAUUUCAUGGUAUCGGGGAUCAUUGUAGGUGUGGAUAUGCUUCUUAAGGUAAUUUAUGUAUUUGGGUUUGGGGUCCCACUGUUCGUUGAUGGUGUUGGAACCACUAGCAAGCUGAAGUGGAGUUUGUGGAUAAUCCACAAACUAUUGCUGACUGCAGUUUAUGGCUUCAUAUUGUUUGUGCAUUUCUCAAAAUGGAGAGCCAGGCUGCCUCCUUCUGCAGCCAGACCAGGAUUCUACAACUACAUUGUCAUAAUGUUUGUCAUUAAUGCUGUAGCAUUAUUUGCUUGUGGGCUUGCUGGGCUUGGGGCCGGCUUUGGAAUUUGGUUGUACAAUCUCACAGUUACCUGCUAUCACUCACUCUAUCUUCCUCUUCUGUAUGUAACUUUUCUAGCUGAUUUUUUCCAGGAGGACGAUUUUCUUUUGGAAAAUGCAUAUUACUCUGAGAUGAAAGAUGCUGGAUUCUUUGAUGCAGAUUGGGAUUAGUCCUGUCCAUGAACAAUUUGUAAAUGGGACUACAGCCUUUGUUGUAUACUGUGUAAAUUGUUUUAAAGAAAGUCACACUGUUGGAUUCUGUUGAUAAAAUGAAGAGGAAAGAUUUAUUA